GAGACAGUUGAGUGAGAGAUAGGACAGCAGGCCUUGUGUGUUUCACCUCUUGUGAUCUGCUUAACAUAUAUGAAAGGAGGCAUCUCAUUUAGACAUCUUUAUUUCUUCUAACCACCAGGAUUGUCCUAAAAGCCAGAAGUCUUUUUGACUCAUCGCCUAUUGAAGUGGAGAAUGUUGCACAGGUGGAUCCUUUGCUUUGAGAAUCUGUCCUGAAUGUGUUCAACGGCAAACUAUGUUCUCCCACUGAGGAGAACGUUUGAGGCACUAGCCACUCCAGGCAGGCUGUGUGGGGGAGUGUCCAUGUCAGCUAAUUUCCCUGGAGCCAGGUCUCAUGGAGCACCUCAGGAUACAGAGAUGGAUGUAGCCUGGCAGGAGCUGAUGGCUAUCACAGAGCUACAGUUUGAUGUCCCUGGUGAAGUCUCCCAUGAAACACAGUACCAAAGCAUGGAACCAAUGGCCCCGAUGGGAGGAUACGGGAUGGCUCAGCCUCCUCCUGCUGCUUGUGAUCUCAGCACCAGCAAUGCAUAUGAUGGAUGUUACUCUGCAGAGGUGUCAGUCUGUCAUCAAUUAAACAACAACACAGAGGCCAUAUACACACACUCUGAACCUCAGCUCAAUCAACGAAUACUCCCUGCCUCCUCUCAUACACAGCCAUCUCUCAUGGCUCCCAGGGAACACAUGAACAUGUCAGGUCCCAAUCCAGGGCAAAGGAGGUCCAACGUGUGUCUCUCCCAGGGUAGACAUAUGCUGUGGACUGCACACGGACAGAGUUCACAUCCUCGCACAGCUGAUGACAUGGAGUCAGACUCUGGUCUGUCUUUAGGUUCUAGUCCGCCCUUGGCCUCCCCUGAUAAUCCUGUCAGUGGUGCUCCAGCAUAUCUGAAUGUAGAAUUGAAUAUGGCAUAUAGUGAUGGUGAAGCUGAUGGCGUAGCAGUUAACAGCAGAGGAGUACAUAUGCAUUACUCAAUGGACUAUCAGAAUCAAUCUCACUCCUAUUUACACUCAGGUGCACAUUCAUCUUAUUUUCAAACCCAAAUCCCUUAUCCUCAUGCACAACCUAAUGCUCUCAGUGCCUGGCCAGUAAAACAGCAGGGUCAAAACAGCGCUCUGGGAGACCUGUACAUUGACUCUGGAGUCACCAGCAGAGGGAGCCCACAGCAUAACCCAUACAUCAGACAAACAGGAAGCACCUCAGCGGCCUCACCGCAGAGCAGGGAUGAACGGCGGGCUGUAGCCUUGAAGAUCCCUUUUCCUCUGGACAAAAUAAUCAAUCUACCCGUGGAUGACUUCAAUGAGCUCCUGACACAGUACAGUCUGACAGAAACUCAGCUAGCACUAGUCAGGGACAUUAGAAGGAGAGGGAAGAACAAGGUGGCUGCUCAGAACUGCAGGAAACGGAAGCUUGAGAGCAUAAUUCACCUUGAGAGAGAACUGAACCAGCUGCAGGCCCAGAGAGAGCAUCUGGUGCAAGAAAGGCUGGAGUUUAAACGGAGCUUAUCAUUUAUCAAAUGCCGACUGGCGGACCUCUACUCAGAAGUGUUUUCUCAUUUAAGAGAUGAAAAUGGACACCCCUACUCAGUGGAUGAAUACUCCUUACAACAGACACCUGAUGGGAAAAUUUAUUUGGUACCCCACACAGCUAUGCAUAAAAGAGACCAAUUAUGA